AUGGGUGCCAGAUCAGGCUUCGGCCUCAAAUUCCUGCAGUGGUUCUUCCGCGGCAUCCAGUUCUGCUGCAGCGCCAUCAUCCUCGCCAUCUACUCCUACUUCCUCGCAACGCUACACAACCACAACCUGCCCAUCGCCACCAGCCUGAGAGCCGUCGAGGGCAUCUCGGGCGCCGGAACUCUGUACACUCUGCUGGCACUGCUCAUGCUGUGCUGCCUUGCCGGCCAUACUCUGACUGCCUUUGUCGCUGUUGUGCUCGACAUCGCCUUCAUCGGCGCCUUCAUCUACGUUGCCAUCGCCAACAAGAAUGGCGCCGGCAGCUGCACUGGCGUCCUCGACACGCCUUUUGGCAAGGGCCAAUCGUCAAGCACAGUAGACGCGAAUAACGGCUUCACCAAGCUGCCCAGCUUCCACACUGCCUGCAGACUGCAGAGCGCAUCCCUCGCCGUUGCCAUCAUCGCAAUCAUCUUCUUCGUCUUCUCCAUCCUCAUGGAGUUUGCUCUGACUCGCCACCACCAGAAGGAGAAGCGCUAUGGUCCCAGCCCGCAAAACGACUACACCUCUGGCUCCGGCCGCCCCAAGACCGGUGGCUUCUUUGGCCGCUUCUUUGGCCGCCCCAAGGCUGAUCCUAUCGAAGAAGGCAAUAUGCUUCCCCAGCACACCCUGCCCGAUCAGCUCAACGCCGACGACAUCGACAGCCCCUACAAGCACACCGACGGCUACAACAACAAGUACGAGUCUGGCUACGGCUACUCCGGCGUCACCGGCCCCACCACAAACACGGCAUACAUGGGUGCUGGUGGCUAUGUGGCUCCACACGGCACGGCUGGCUACGGCCAGCAGAAUCCCUACCACUACGACGAUGGCGUGUACGAC